UACUAAUAAGCGGUUAGUUAUAUUUGUAUAUUGUAGUUCGUAAAGCGAGAGUGCGUGAGUGUAGUCACAAUGGGAAAAAUUUUAUAUAUACUGCCGUUAGUUUUUAUUUGUUCAUAUGCAGGCCCAUUAGAUCUGACUCUAACUAAAUCUGCAUCGGAAAGAAUUAUAAAUGGACAAAACGCCACAAAUCUUCAGUUUCCAUAUGCGGUUUCAAUUCAACGUAUUAGUGAUGUUUCAAACCCAGGACAUGGGCAUACGUGUGGUGGCGUAUUGAUUACUCACCGGCAUGUAUUGACAGCCGCCAGUUGCACAUAUAGUAUCAAUUACGCUAAUAAACAAGUAAUACCUAUUAUAGUAAGUGAAUUUAGAGUAUUCGCAGGCUCAGCUUUUCUAUCAAAUGAUACAUUAAACGAUAGAGUAAGGAAUAUAUUGAAUUACACAACGCAUCCGCAACAUUUAAUAGAACCGUCUCAUGCCAAUGACCUUGCUGUUAUUACUUUAAUAAGUCCGUUCCCAGAAGCAGUUGUAACUCCACUGGCACUGCCGCCUUCAGAUUACGUACCAACUGAUUUUACUGUAUGCACAGUCGCUGGGUGGGGUGCAAGAACUAACACAUCAUCUAUGCCUUCUACCCAAUUGCAAUUUAUCAACAAAUAUAUUUACAAUCAAAAUUUGUGUGCAUCAGUGUUCAAUGACCUAGAACAUGUGGAAAGAAUUUUACCUACCAUGGUUUGCACGACCAGUGAAGAUAUAGUUACUGGAGGUUGCAUGGGAGAUCAAGGUAGUGCAUUAGUUUGUGGCGGCGUCCUUACUGGAAUCUCAUUUCUGCCAAAUGACUGUAUGAGCGAAAAUAAUGUACGGCCAGAAAUAUACACCAGAGUCUCAAAUUAUACAAAAUGGAUACAAAGCGUUACAGACUCCGCACCGAGUGUCAAACCUGGAUUUAUGGCUUUAUUAAUACUCACAGUCUUUCAUGGGAUUUUUCAAAAAGUUGUAAGCUAGUUUUAAGCUUAAAUUGUAAAAACAUAUGGUUUGUUUUAUCUGUAUUUAUUCUGGAUAAUUGUAAAACUAGUCGAGCUCUCUCAACAAAAAUACGGACAUAACUCUAUCUAGAUAUUCUUAUAAUUAACAUAUAAUGAUGUACAUAAAAUACUUCAUAUUUUAGAAUACGUAUUAAGAAAAUUAUCUAAAUAAAAAUUGCAACUGUACCGAAUUGAAAUAAAAAAUACGUUGUUAGAUAGAACAAGGUAUGGGUAAAAUCAAAUAUUUGUUCUAAAUAUAAAACUCUCUGUUUCCACGUUAUAUUUUAUAAUAUUUGUAAGAACCUUAGGAUAUAUUUAGGUUACUACAAAGUUACUACUGGUGAAUGCACAAUUUAUUGUACUCUAUUUCAAGUGUCUCUCUUAAAUCGCUGAUUUUGAGUACAUCUUGAGUAUUUAAGCUGUAUUAAUAUGUUGUUUAUCCACAAUAUGUUUAUAAGUAAUAUAUAGACUGCUAAGUAUUUAUUAUCUACAUAAUUAUUUAUAGUGGCGUCAUUAGUGCAUCCCACCUAACUCUAAUAUUAUAUUAUUUAUACCUUAGUCUAAUCUGAAGAAUGUGGAAGAGUAGAUAAUUUAUUGACACAAUAAAUAAUUUCUAUUGAAAAUGCGAGUAAAGUACUUGCGUUAAGUAAUGUUUUUUGGUUGAUUCUUAAUAGUAUUAUUUUUAUAAUGAACUAGAAUAUAAGUAUUAAUAAAAUAGAUUUUUUUUUU